AUGGCGUUUCCCGAACUCCUGGACCGAGCAGGAGGCCUGGGCAGGUUCCAGGUCCUUCAAAUCGUGGCUCUGGUGACCCCCAUCCUGUGGGUCACCAGCCAGAACAUGCUGGAGAACUUCUCAGCUGCCGUGCCCCGCCAUCGGUGCUGGGUGCCUCUGCUAGACAACAGCACUGCCCAGGCAAGUGUCUCUGGGGACUUUGGGCCCAAUGCCCUCCUGACCAUCUCCAUCCCACCUGGCCCUGCUCUGCAACCCCAUCCGUGCCGUCGCUUCCGCCAACCACAGUGGCAGCUUAUAGAGCCCAACACCACAGCCACCAACUGGAGUGACGCAGACACGGAGCCGUGUGGGGAUGGCUGGGUCUACGACCACAGUACCUUCACGUCCACAAUCGUGACCACGUGGGACCUGGUGUGUGAUUCCCAGGCCCUGAGACCCAUGGCCCAGUCCAUCUACCUGGCUGGAAUCCUGGUAGGAGCUGCAGUGUGCGGCCAUGCCUCCGACAGGUUCGGGCGCAGGAGGGUGCUGACCUGGAGCUAUCUUCAGGCGGCUGUGUCUGGCACAACAGCUGCCUUCAUCCCCAUCUUCCCCCUCUACUGCCUGUUCCGCUUCCUGGUGGCUUUUGCAGUGGCAGGUGUCAUGAUGAACACAGCCAGUCUCUUGAUGGAGUGGACAUCAGCCCAGGCCCGCCCCUUGAUGAUGACCUUGAACGCCUUGGGCUUCAGCUUCGGGCACAUCCUGACAGGCUCUGUGGCCUACGGUGUGCGCAGCUGGAGGAUGCUGCAGCUGGCUGUCUCUGCCCCCUUCUUCCUCUACUUUGUAUAUUCAUGGUGGCUUCCAGAAUCAGCACGCUGGCUCCUUACGGUGGGCAAGCUGGAACAGGGCCUGCAAGAACUACAAAGGGUAGCUGCUAUAAACAGAAAGAAGGCAGAGGGAGAUACAUUGACCAUAGAGGUCUUGCGGUCAGUCAUGCAGGAGGAAGCAAGUGGGGACCAAACUCGUGCCAGACUAGGCACCCUACUCCACACGCCUGGGCUGCGCCUCCGAACCUUCAUCUCCAUGCUGUGCUGGUUUGCCUUUGGCUUCACUUUCUACGGCCUGGCCCUCAACCUGCAGGCCUUGGGAAGCAAUAUCUUCCUGCUCCAAGUGCUCGUCGGGGUUGUGGACCUCCCAGUGAAGAUAGGCGGCCUGCUGCUGCUCGACCGCCUGGGCCGACGUCUCUGCCAAGCCAGCUCCCUGGUGCUGCCAGGACUCAGCAUCCUGGCCAACAUACUGGUGCCCCACGAGAUGGGGGUCCUUCGUUCAUCCCUGGCUGUGCUGGGGCUGGGGUCCCUGGGGGCUGCCUUCACCUGUGCCACCAUCUUGAGCAGUGAACUCUUCCCCACUGUGCUCAGGAUGACAGCAGUGGGCCUGGGCCAGGUAGCAGCCCGAGGAGGAGCCAUCCUAGGCCCUCUGGUGCCGCUGCUCAGUGUCUACGGCCCCUGGCUGCCCCUGCUGGUCUACGGCGUGGUGUCAGUGCUAAGUGGCCUAGCUGCCCUGCUGCUUCCUGAGACCAAGAACUUGCCACUGCCCGAUACCAUUCAAGACAUCCAGAAACAGUCAGUGAAGAAGGUGACACAUGACACAGCAGGCCAGUCCAUCCUGAGGUCUACAUGGCUGUAG